CCUUUCUCCCCUCCCUGCACUCUUUUCUGCAAAACAACUUCACGCGAAACGAACUGGUCUCUCGUUACUAUUACUGCUCUACCUUGCUGCUCCACAUUUGAAAAACAAAACCAUCCAACCAACGCUCAUCGGUCCUUCGUUACUCUCCUUCACGCUCUCUGUCAAUCCACCCCUACCGAACUGCGUCUUGUCACUCCUUCAUUAUAUUCCUCCCUAGGAUAGUCUAGCAACAUGAUGGACGCCAGAGUCCCCAAGCGGGGCUUAAUGGCAAUGGCUCACACUGCUCAUGCAGCGGGCAUCUUUGCGGAUAUGUCCGUGGAUGGCCCGAUUAUUGGCACGUUGGUCGUCGUCGCCGACCGCGCCAAAAACCUCCCAAACAGAAAAACAAUGGGCAAGCAGAACCCGUACUGUGCUGCGCGCCUUGGAAAAGAAGCAAAAAAGACUGGUACAGAUCUGCGAGGUGGUCAAACUCCCAAAUGGGAUGAUGAACUUCGCUUCAACGUACACGAAUCUCCAGACUACUACAGAUUGAAAGUAUCUGUUUUCAAUGAUGAGAAAAAGACCGACCUCAUUGGAGAGACAUGGGUCGAUCUGAGUGAUCUGAUCAUUCCGGGCGGCAGUCAAAACGACCACUGGCAUCCCUUGCAAUUCCGUGGAAAAUACGCUGGCGAAGUCCGGCUUGAAAUGACCUACUAUGAUACACGACCCGAAGAUGAAGCGGUGAUCGAAAGAAGAACGCCCGCCUCUGACAAGGUCCACCCAAGGAAGAUUGCAUCCUUCAGCUCAGGUCCCGCGGCGCCUAGCCCUGGUACCCUGUCUGGUCCCAGGCAGCUGAAAGAUGUCAAAAGACGGCCACUCCCUUCGGAUCCUCGCCCGAGAUCUUCGGCGCACUCAAGCACAUCGAGCAGCUCGCCGGUCCGUGCUAACGAGAGCACGAACUCGGCUCCAACCCUCCACCACCACAGUCACAGCCAUCAUCAUCAAGAUCUCAGACAGCCAAGAGUGGAUAACAGCAGCUCUGGAAUGAGUGAUAGCACCACCUCGCUCCCUACAUACAACCAUAGAGAAUACGCAAGCCCGCAACGACUGGAAAGUAACAGUAUGGUUGUUGCCAAUCCCACGGGAUCCUAUCAAACGAAUCCCUGUCCCUAUCCUAUCAAUCCUUCAGACAGCGGUUCGGGUGCCACACAUAGCACGACUUCAUUGCCAACUUAUCAGAAUCAUGAUUACUCAAGGCCUCAUGUUGAGCAUAACCCGCCGAUGAGCGACAGCUCCAGCUUGCUUCCACUCCUUCCAAACCCUCACCGAGUUGAGUACGCUAGCCAGGCACCGCCUCACAGUAGCAGCAACUCACUCGUCGGCAAUGCCACGAGCUCGUACAAUACGAGUUCAUGUCCGUCUUAUCAUGCGGAGUACACAAAAAUACCAGAUAGCAGUUCGUUUGCCUCGACAAACUCGAGUGCACAACAGACGGCCUACGGGCAUUAUCGUGAAUAUGCACAGAUUGGAUAUACGCCCCCACUUCUCACUGACAGUCAGCCUUCUUCCCUGUCAUACGCGAUGAUGCAACCCCGUGUUGAGGACGAAGAAGAAGACGGACUCCCACCCCCUCCACCCGCUCAUCGCUCAGGACUGAUUCCAUCCAACCAACCAGUGUCAGUGGCGCCGAACCCUGCCCCUCAGGCGUACACGCAACCUCCCCCCCAGGCGUACGCACAACCAGCUCCUCUGCCGCAGGUUACCAUGCCCGAGCCGAUGGAUAAGCCUGCUUCGGACAACAGUCUGUAUACGACCCCAUCGUGGGAUCCCAAUUGGGACUAUCCCAGAGGCAGACGUGAGGAAACUGCCGUGGCCACAACAAACGCAGUGCCAGCCAGUCUGGUUCCGGGAGUUGAUCCGGUGGUUGCAGCAGCCGAAUCAGAUCGCGCGGCGUAUGAGCGAGAAAUCAGACGAAGGAGCGGUAAUUUCGAUGAAAAUCCGCUGCAAAUGGUCCAUCAGCCAGUUGAUAACAGGAGACAUUCUCGUGGUCCCUAUGACGAGAAUCCUCUGAAGAAACCUGUCGAUACUCGGUCUCUUGUGAGCCGAACUUCGACAGCUCCCAAUAAUCAGCUUGUCCCUAGAAGAAAAUCAGUCAGCCCCCGACCCCCAUCGAUGAGGGGCCGAGAGGUGUCUCCUGUUCCGUUUUCUCCCGAUUCCUAUCUGCCUGAAGCGGCGCGAGAGCCAGCAGCGCGAGAGUCAGGCCCCAUUAUCGGGGAUGAUGGUCGAGAAAUUGAUCCUUCUGACCAUCUGCCUACAAACACCUGGGCCCCAGAGCCCGAACGAAAAACCAAAAAGCCGGGAGUUGUUGUGCGUUUCCGCAGCCCCGUUCAUCGAGAUAGCCCACCUAAGGACUACGGACAUCGCAAGUCCAUGUCCGAAGCAUACUCUAAUUCUCCCUCGAGGCUAUAUGCCGAGGCAAACAACCCCCCUAUACCAUCUAAGGUGCCUGUCGGGCUACCAACAAAAAGUUACGGAAACAUUGAUCAAAGCUACGAUGCUCUGAGCCGAGAGCUCAAUACGAUAGAUAUUGGAGGAUCUGGUCGAGGCAUGAAAAGAUAUGCCCUUAGUUACGUGUCUUAGAUAGAUACUUGUUCUUUGUUGCGUUAUGGACAGCGAUGUGCUGCAUCUUUUUUCUCUAGAUAGGAUGUUUUCUUUUCUUCUUGUCUUUGGCAGGUUCAAGUGUUUGCUUUAGAUAGCUUUUUUCAUGUCUUUUCUUUCGGUUUAGGUAGCUUUUCAUUCUUAUUUCAGAUAGCUAGCUAUCUUUAUGAUACCAAUGUUACUC